AAGGCGAGCUGAAACUUUAUAAAAUAUUAACCGUGGUAGCUGAGGAAAUUCCCCGUGGUGUUUGAAUAUAAUGACAAAUGCGAAGCGAGUCGCUCUGCUUCAAUGGGGCGCUAUACUGGAUUGUGUUUGUGUAGGGUUGGGAUUUCACCGUAAAUAUUCAAAAUGGCGGACGGAGGAGCAGCGAGUCAAGAUGAGAGUUCAGGACCAGAUUCUAGAAUGAGUAAUCCGUCAGAAACAAAUAAAUGUGCAAUGGAGAGUGGGGACGGUAAUACAGGUGCCCAAACAAACGGACUGGACUUUCAGAGGCAGACGGUGCAAACAACAAAUGCAAUCACCAAUGCACAAGCACAAGCCUUGCUCCAACAGUUGACGCUGACUCCAGCGCAACAGCAGUUGUUGCUACAACAGGCUCAGGCGCAGCUUUUGGCUGCAGCUGUUCAACAGCAUUCGGCCAGCCAGCAGAGCAACACCACAGGAGCGAGUAUCUCUGCCUCCGCUGCCACGCCGAUCACACAGAUCCCUCUUUCUCAGCCCAUUCAGAUCACACCUCAGUUGCAGCAGCUGCAGCAACAGCAGCAGAACCUCAACUUGCAGCAGUUUGUGCUCGUCCAGCCAGGUCAUCCAAUUGCUGCCCAGCUGCAGCCAGCGCAGUUCAUCAUCUCACAGACGCCGCAGGGCCAGCAGAGCCUCUUGCAAGCCCAGAAUCUUCUAACUCAACUACCUCAAAGUCAAGCCAACCUCCUACAGAGUCAGCCAAGCAUCAGUCUUGCCACACAGCCAGCAACACCGACCCGCACGAUAGCAGCUACCCCCAUCCAGACCCUCCCUCACAACCAGACGACACCAAAGCGCAUGGAAGCACCCAGUCUGGAGGAACCCAGUGACCUGGAGGAACUGGAGCAGUUUGCCAAGACCUUCAAACAAAGGAGGAUCAAACUGGGCUUCACUCAGGGGGAUGUUGGCCUUGCUAUGGGAAAACUAUAUGGAAAUGACUUCAGCCAAACCACCAUUUCUCGCUUUGAGGCCUUGAACCUGAGCUUUAAAAACAUGUGCAAGUUGAAGCCUUUGUUGGAGAAGUGGCUAAAUGAUGCAGUGUGUGCAGAGAACCAGACGUCAGACCAGGGCCUGUCCAGCCCUAGCUCUAUUGGCUCCCCUGGGCUGGGCAUGGAGGGCCUUAACCGCCGUCGCAAGAAGAGGACCAGCAUUGAGACCAACAUCAGAGUGGCCUUAGAAAAGAGCUUUCUAGAGCAGAACCAAAAACCUACCUCUGAGGAGAUCACCAUGAUCGCUGACCAGCUGAACAUGGAGAAGGAGGUGAUCCGUGUGUGGUUCUGCAAUCGCCGGCAGAAGGAGAAGAGGAUCAACCCACCCAGCAGCGGCAGUGCUGCCAGCACUCCCAUUAAAGCAAUCUUCUCCCCCUCCACACCUCUGUAUUCUCUGAAGAGCCGACAACGCAUUGGAAUACCGAUUACAAUUCACCAGGCGCCUAGCACAUCCAGUCUUGUGACCAGUAGCACGUCGACUACACUGACUGUAAACCCAGUUCUGCCUCUCACCAGCACGAGCAUCUCCAGCAUUGGACUCACUGGCACCACCGUGGGCUCGGCAACAACUAAGACUGCAUCUACCGUCUCCACAAUGCCCGCUGUGACCACGUCAACCUCGUCACCCUCACUCAGCCCCUCCCCCAGUGCACCACAGGCAUUGUCGGCCGAGUCUGUGGUGACUCAGGUGCCAGCAAGCACCGUUACCCAGGCACCCACCAUGCCAGUGAACACACUGGGCACGGGCCAGGUGAUGGUGGCUGCAUCUAGCCUGUCUGCUGCACUGCAGGGAGCUGCACAGCUUCCUACCAGCGCCAGCAUUGCUGCCAUGGCUGCAGCCGCUGGCCUCAACCCAGGCCUCAUGGCCUCCUCACAAUUCACUCCUGGUGGGGCUCUGCUGAGUCUGGCUCCUGGUGGUCUGGGCAGUGCGUUGAGUCCAGCACUGAUGAGCAACAGUACUCUGGCUACUAUCCAAGGUGUGUGGAAUGCUCUGGCUUCAAGUGGGACUCUGCCCAUUACCUCUCUGGAUGGCAGUGGGAACUUGCUUUUUGCCAACACCAAUGCUGGCAGCACCCCGAACCUGGUGACGGCGCCACUCUUCCUUAACCCGCAGAACUUGUCACUGCUCACCAGCAACCCGGUGAGCCUGGUGUCUGCCGGAGGAGCUGCAGGGGCUGCUGGGGCCCUUAAUUUGCAUGUAGCUGCAGACCAUAAUGCCGUCACCACGGCAACAGUGCCCGCCUCCACCAUCAGCACUGCCUCCAAGGCCCAGUGAAAGCCCCACCCACUUUGGUCCUCCUCCUUCUCCUUCUCAUCAAUCAUUAUUUAAUCCCUUUGCUACCACCAAAAAGAAACUUACUAAAAUGAAAUUUUUAUACAGUUUUUUUUCUUCUUCAUACCUUCAUCUUGGAGGUUUUUUUUUUUACCUUGUUGAAUUUUUUUUUUUAGCAGCACACUUCAUGAAUGUUGGCGUUACAAGAGAGCCUAGCGUUAAGAUGGCCAAAACCAAACUGUCUCUGGGCUGCACGCUUGCUCAUUUGGUAAUGUAAAGAGGUUUUUAUUUGACUAAUUUUAACUCACUCUACAUUUUGCAUUUAUAUCUUAAGGAUCCGCAAACACUCCUAACCAAAAAAAGCAUUACUUUUUAUUAUUCAUUUUUAACUGUUGAAUUACUCCUUAAUGAUAGCAUUAAUAGCCUUUACUGUGAUCGUUAUUACUGAGGAACUUUUAAGACACCUUUUGAUUUAAACUGUUUUUGUCAGAGGUGCUGCUUUGCAGACCUUUGGUAUGGAAGAGCGAUAGUUCCACUAAGAAAUACAUAUAUUUUUUUAAAUUUCUGAGAAAAAAACUAAGAAUUUUC